AUGAUGCAAGAAAUGCAGAGAGCUUGGAUAUGUUUUGCUUAUGGGGAGAAUGAUGAAGUGUAUGGGCUAGAGAAUCAAUCAAUUCAAUCUGAUGCUCUUUUUGGUCUCAAGAAACCCAAUAGGUAUAACCUGGAGAACUUGGCGGAAUCCAGCUGA